GAGUGCAUACAGGUGUGAUACAGGUAGUAGUAAUCUAUAAAUACACAGAAUAGAAUCGUUUGAUUCACCGACGACUGUUAUCGAUUUUCCUACAUUCAUUGGCAGUCAUAUUCAUAGUCGGGUUCAUAGAUUUAUAUAAAAAUGGUCUACUUAUGUUCAAUGUGUUUUAUGUUAGUAUACGUAGUAUACAUUGUGUAGCCAUGGUUUAGCCCAUUGUUUGUCUGAAGGUAUGUAAUAAAAAUAUUAAAUCAUUGGUGGAACCAUUAUACAACAUGCAGGCUUGUCAAGUGUACUAAGGUUAUGGUCACAAUAUCAUGAAAAGGAAUGGCGGUUAAGCCAUUUUUGCAAUGCGAAUGUAAUGAUUUCGGACACUGAUAUUGAGAUUGAUAAACAAAUUUCAAGAUGCUUAUAAAAGAAUACAGAAUUCCUCUUCCACUCACAGUGGAGGAGUAUAGAAUUGCCCAGCUCUACAUGAUAGCAAAAAAGAGCAGAGAAGAAAGCUCUGGUGAAGGAAGUGGAGUGGAGAUUUUAGUCAAUGAGCCUUAUGAGGACGGGCCAGGUGGUAAAGGUCAGUAUACUCAAAAAAUUUACCAUGUCGGGAGCCACCUACCUGGUUGGUUCAAAAGCCUCCUUCCAAAGUCUGCCUUAACUGUAUCUGAAGAAGCAUGGAAUGCUUACCCUUAUACUAAAACAAGAUAUACAUGCCCAUUUGUUGAAAAAUUUUCUUUAGAAAUAGAAACUUACUAUUAUGCUGACAAUGGCCACCAGGAAAAUGUCUUCAAAUUAACAGGCAGUGACUUGAAAAAUAGAAUCGUCGAUGUUAUUGAUGUUGUUAAAGAUCAGCUCUAUGGAGCAGAUUAUAUAAAGGAAGAAGAUCCUAAAUUGUUUGUGUCACAAAAAUGUAACAGAGGUCCUCUUACCGAAACAUGGCUUGAUGACUACUGGAGGGAGGUGCAAGGGAAAAAACAGCCACUUCCUAAUGGAAAGUCCCUUAUGUGUGCUUAUAAACUUUGUAGAGUAGAAUUCCGAUAUUGGGGAAUGCAAACUAAAUUAGAGAAAUUUAUUCAUGAUGUUGCACUAAGGAAAACUAUGCUACGAGCUCAUCGACAAGCUUGGGCCUGGCAAGAUGAAUGGCAUGGUCUGACUAUGGAAGAUAUUCGUGAAAUAGAGAGACAGACACAAUUAGCUUUACAGAAGAAAAUGGCAGGUGAAACAAGUGAUGAGCAGGAUGUUUCAGAAGAAAAUUCGAAAUCUCUUGCAGCCACUAUGAGUAGUUUGGAGAAAAAUGAAGAAAUGCCGACACCAUUAGUCACAAAAAAGAAUCCAGAGAGAUUACAAAAGCAUUUAUCCCCAGAAGGAACACCACCAUCUGAACAUAAGAAUUCAAAGAACAAUUUAAGGUCAUCCUCCUCUGGAUCUAUCAAGAGCUUGCAAGCACAGGUUUCCCACUGGCGAAUGGAGACUCUAGUAAGAGAAUCGGAACCUGAAACUGGAUCUGAAGAUGAAUUUUAUGACUGUGAAUCAUCUUUCAAUAAAUGGUCUUCGUUGUGCUCUCUAGAUGAAGCCGAUAUUGACAUAUCGCCUACACAAGGCGACCAAAAUCAGGAAGAUAGUAUAUUUAAUCCAUCAUUUCUGAAAAGAGUAACUUCAGAAAGGGGAUCUCGCAGAAUUGCUACACUGCAAAGUCGUCAAAGUGUUGAUGGUUGCCCUGACACACCUGUUCACAGCUCUUGUCCUACUACCGUAUUAAUACUUGUGUUUCAUGCAGGCAGUGUUUUAGAUGCCAAUGUUGAUAUGACAGCAAAAAAAUCUGAUGUGACAACUUUUAAAGGCGCGUUUGAAUCUGUAAUGCGUCAACAUUAUCCAACUUUAGUUGGGCAUGUGACUAUGAAGUUGGUACCAUGUCCCUCUAUUUGCACAGAAGUUCUCGGAAUUUUGUCUACAUUAAGCCCAUAUAGCUUCGACUGUUCUCCAUCGACUAUAGAGACACCAUCCUUAACCAAUGAUCUUAUACCUAUAGGUGCUAUACCAUUAAUUGCUACAUCAUCACCAGAUUACUUUGAAUCGGUUACAAAAACAAUAAAUUGUGCUAAUGCCGUCUAUAACGAGUUUAUAAAAUCUGAUGAUGGAAAAGGUUUUAAUGGCCAAGUAUGUUUUGUAGGUGAUAGUAUGGGGUCUGUAUUAGCUUACGAUGCUCUUUGCCGGACAUUGCAGUAUCAAUCGCGACAUGAUAGUGAGAACAGUAUUUUAGAUACUGAAAUUACUAUUCCCAAUGAACCCACUGAUCAUUACCUAAAUAAGUCUCAUUUACAGGCUCCAACUCCUAGAAGACGUUCUUCAUCAACAAGCGAAAAUCAAGUCAAAUUCGAAUUCGAAGUAAAUGAUUUCUUUACCUUUGGAAGUCCAUUGUCUUUAAUUUUAGCUUCCCGAAAAAUGUCUGACGAUAAAACUCGCGAUAUAGUUAAACCUCCCAUACAACAAGUAUUCAAUUUAUUUCAUCCUACAGACCCCGUCGCUUCUAGAUUAGAGCCAUUACUGUCUGCUAGAUUUUCAAAUCUGCCACCAAUAAAUGUUGCUCGUUAUGCUAAAUACCCUUUGGGGAAUGGCCAACCAUAUCACUUAAUGGAAUUAAUACAGAGUCAUCCCCAGUUAUUUGGAGAUCAUUUGCAAAUGCCCCCAACACCAGUAUUAAGACGACUGUCCGAAGCGUCUGUCCAAAGUAAUGUCAGUGGUUUGGUAGAUAACAUCCCUCUAAUCACUAUGAAUGCUUUACAACAAAAAUGGUGGGGUUCCAAACGUUUAGAUUAUGCUCUGUAUUGUCCAGAAGGGUUAACUAACUUUCCCACCAAUGCUUUGCCUCAUUUAUUUCACGCAAGUUACUGGGAAAGUUCUGACGUUAUUGCUUUUAUACUACGACAAAUAGGUCACUUCGACUUAGCUUUGUAUGGCCAUUCGGAAGACAAAGAAUGUCCAAUGUUUAAACCGGGACAAGAAAGAGAAAAAUGGAUGAGAAAGAGAACUUCUGUAAAAUUAAAAAAUGUGGCUGCGAAUCAUAGAGCCAACGACGUGAUUGUGAAAGAAAAUUCACCGCAAACAUUUAUAGCGAGAUUCAUGUAUGGUCCUCUUGAUAUGAUCACUCUUACUGGUGAGAAAGUUGACAUUUACAUGAUGAAAGAUCCGCCAGCUGGGGAAUGGACUCUUCUCUCCACAGUGGUAACUGAUAAAACUGGAAGAAUUUCGUAUACAUUGACCGAAAAACAAAGCGUAGGUUGCGGCAUCUAUCCUGUAAGGCUUGUGGUCCGAGGAGAUCAUACCAGUUGUAGUUUUCAUCUCUCUGUUGUUCCUCCUCAGACUGAAUGUAUAGUGUUUAGUAUCGACGGGUCAUUUACUGCCAGUGUGUCCGUCACAGGCCGAGAUCCUAAAGUUAGGGCCGGCGCCGUCGAUGUAGUACGAUUUUGGCAAGAUUUAGGGUAUCUCAUUCUUUACAUAACCGGAAGACCAGACAUGCAGCAACGCAAAGUCGUAUCUUGGCUAGCUGAACAUAAUUUUCCACACGGUUUAGUCUUUUUCUCUGAUGGUAUAUCCACGGAUCCUCUCGGGCACAAAGCUGCCCACUUGAAUAAUCUCAUAAAUGACCAUGGAAUAAUUAUUCACGCAGCUUACGGUUCAGGGAAAGAUAUAAGUGUAUAUAAUAAUUGCGGUUUGUCUCCAAAACAAAUUUACGCGAUCGGUCGUAUCAGUAAAAAAUAUGGUAAUUUGGCUACUACUUUGAACGAUGGCUAUGCUUCUCAUUUGGCUGAUUUGAAACAGCCCGGUGCUGUAAGAGCGGCCAGAGGAAACGCUAGGCUUUUAGUGCCCCGACGACUCCUGGCGCCUGUCAGUACAGUCUCGGUGUCGCGUAAUCGGCGUUAGUUGAACAAUUGCGACGCCAGCACUAAGCUUAAUGUUUCUUAAACGCUUAUUAAAUUACAUUGUAAUUUGACUAUACAAGCGAUCGUCGUGAAUGUGACUUUUCGAAGGAACUAUAUUUUACUUUGGAUAAGCUACCGUUAAUAUCCGAAAUAUUAUUGUAGAAUUGUAAUGUAAUCCGUCAUAUUUUGAUAAUUUUAUUAUUUAAAUUAGCUGUUGCCCGCUUGUGUUUGACUUCGGAUCAACUAUAUCUAGGUACUCCAAAUUUCAAAAAAAAAUUGUCGUGAAAGAUAUACAGACUUUCGCAUUUGUAAUAUAUGUGUGGAUAUAUAUAACAGGCAUUCAAGAUUGUCAAAGUAAUGAAAUAACAAUGGCAUGUGGUUAUUUAGUAUUCUUGUGUAUGUGUGAUUACCAUCUAUUAUUAAUUGUCCUGUUCAUGACAUUGGUUCAUGUUUAUUAUAAUCUAGGUAUAUGUUAUGUAUUCCUUCAACAUAUUUUAUUGAAAUUAAAAGCCGGAGACCUCAAAAAACUGUAUAAAACUAUGGCAUUCAGUAAUUAUGUAAAUUUCUACACGUCUUUACAAUUUCGUAGUUAAGAUAAUUUCGUAGAGAAAUGGUUCAGAUUCUUGUCUAUGAAAUAAUGUUAAAAAUAUGUUGUAUUUUUACCGUAUAAUAUGUGUUAAUAUAAAAUUGUUAAAACUUUAUAUGAAUGUGAUAAGUGUAUUAAUGCAGUCACCGUGUACCUAAGUAUUUCUGAAUUUGAGAAUGUAAAAUUCGCGUAACCUUGUGUAGCUUUAUUUUCGUCAUUAUAUUAGGAAGUUCUUAUUUCAGUAUUUAUCUAAUUAAUAUAAAUACAUUUUUAGAUUUUAAUGUUGUUAAGAUUUUAAUGGAAGGAAUGGAAUCUCUAUAGUCGCAAAAUUUGAAAUACUCUAGUCUUUUGUUGUUGUUAUGUUUUAUAAACAGUAACAUCUUAUACAAAAUGUUAAUUGUAUAAAAGUCUAAUUGUAAAAUGUAUUAUUAGUUUACGUAACGUAUUACGUAAUUUUGUUUUUACAAAUGGAAUUGUAUAGUGCAAAAAAGUUCAAGUAUUGAAACUAAAUUAUGAUGGCAUACGUUAUUAUUGUGGUUGCAGAAGGCCUACCACGCAACAUACAAACACGUAGCACGUUACUAACAUCCACAUGUUGUCUCUUUAUCCUAUAUUAACGCAUCGUGUAAAAAAAGAGAACGUGAACGUGACGUGCUACGUAUUUUAUUUUUAAUGGUAGCCCGUAAUAUUAUUAUAUUCGUGAAGAAUAUCCUAGAAACAUACAGUUUCAUUUUUUCAAUAUUACAUGCAGUAAAAUAGCUGUGAGUAUCGUGACAUGGGAUUAGACGAACUUGACGAUAACGACUCCCAUUUUAAGUAAAAAUGUGGAUUUCAAUAAACUAAGACAGCAAAAUUUAGGGUUUUUAUUGACGCGUUUUACUCGAAUUGUCUAGCAUAGAAUCUAUUUAGCUCAAUCAUAUAAAAGAAAUAUCAAGACAAGCCCCAUGGUGAAACACCAUGAAAAUCACAUGGUUUUCAUUCAUUCUAUAAUUUUCUCACAUUCGCAGACCAGCAAUUGAAAUCCUAAAUUUGUUAUAAGAAACAAUACUUACCUACCAACGUAUUAUUGCUAUAAUUUGAUCAAUACCGUACAUUUGGUCGUUUAUUAAUACUCUCAUGUCACAUUCACAUGUUUACGUUUUGAAGGAAAAUGGAUAGUUAUUUUUGCACAUAGGUAACAAAAAAUGCGAUCAAACAUAUUUAAAUGUAGAAAUGAUAAUCAAAGCAAUAAAAUAAUUCAAAAUAUUUCUAUAAAUAUAAUUGUAUAUUGUCAUUAUAUAUUGGACUAUACAUUAAAUUUUAUAGAUGCUUAAAUUAAAUACUAUGUAAUUCAAAUUAUUUAUCGAGUAUAUUUAAAUUUUUAUUGGUAUUAAAAUGAAUGUUUCAUGAAACAUAAAAAAACCGGAAUAAUUAAAAUAUUUUUAUAAAAUAUUGUGGUACAUAUACGAUAUAAUAAAUAUGUUUUCUCUAAAUUGUAUAUAUACAUUGUGUGUUACUUUACUUAUUUAAACUUAUUAAUAAGAGCCAAAAUUCGUAUGGAAAUGGAGCACAGGCCCUGAGUAAUGCAAUUAUGUUUUUUAAAUAACUUAGAAUUUCUAUAGCUCAUUUUAGUAGGAUUAGUAUUGUGAUAUCGUCUAAAAUGUUUAGGCAUAUUGAUUUUGCGUUAGAUACUCUGUAAAGUCGUCACAAAAUAUGCCGACGCAAGAUAAAGACUAUGUGGCAACUGGAAUUAUUACGUAAUAAUAUUUAUAGAUAAAACAAACGAGCAAUAUGAAUCGUAAUGGUUAACCGGUAAAAAAUAUCAAGACAUUUUAAACUGUAAAAUUUCUAUUGUUGAUGUUAUACCUAUAUAUACUAUUAAAAUUAUUUUUCUAAUUUAACAAUAAGUUCUUAAUGAACUUAGUAUGUAAGUUAAUGUUACUUAAUGUCGUAAUUAUUACAGUCUUUCAUUAAAUCACAUUUAUUCGUCAUUAAUACAUUCCUGAUCCAGAGUUGUUUAUAUUUAUUAUAAAAUCUCAUUUUAAUUAUAUUAUGGUUAUUAUAAAGUAAGAUAUUAUGAUUAUCUACUAUAAGAUAGAAUGUAGACGUGAAAAUGUAUUACUUUUUGCUUUUAAACUAAAAUAAUGUGGUGUUUUGUGUUAUAAAACUAUAAGUAUUUGCAUACAAGUUUUCCUAUUAUACAAAGUAAAAGGGUAGGCUGAAAUUAGAUUCUGAGUUGUAAUUUUAAAAAAUAUCGGAAUAGCUUUUACAAUGGAAAAAACUAGAAGUAAAAGCCAACUUCAUCUGAUAAUACAAAAGUAGGUACUCUUUUCAAAAUGUUACAAGUUGUUAUAGAAUGUUGUCGGGUUUCACAAUGUUAUAAUUCUUAACAUUUUGUAACCGCUGCGUGGGAGCACCGAAUGGAAAUACUAAUGAUUUUAGUUCAAUGUCCAUAUUAAAAGUAAUUUUAAUACCUAUUAGCCAAAAUACCCGAACUUUGUAAAGCUUUUGUGUAAAAUCAGCCAAAUACCUAUGAUGAAACAAUAUUUAUUCAGUGCCAAAAUUCAUAUACGAGAACCUUUCAAUUACUCGCAAAUAUUUUAAUUACAUAAAUUACAAUUUUCAUAUACAUGUAUUCUUACUGUAAAACAGUUCAUUCAUAAAAUAUAUUUCCAAAUAUAAAUGUUUAUGGUUUGCGGAGACAAACACCAUAAAGGAACAUAAAUCAGUUAACAAUCAUAAGGUAUUAUAUUUUAUACGAUCUCACGACAUACUGGCAUAUAACUGUUCGCAAAUUAUGAAAUCAAUCCUUUCAUUAUUUAUUGAAGAAUUUUUUUUUUUCAAUUCUCUCUCAUAUCUAACCGGAUUCCCGGUUGGUUCCCAGUUCUCUUUCUUCUCCACUUCGCACGAUCUUCGUAAUUCUUAGCAGUUAGGUCAUUGGCACGCAUAUCCUGAAAAUAAAAACAUGUUUACAUGAAAGGUGUCUCGCCCAAGCUCGAUAAGCCAGAAUUAUAGGAUAUAGAUGCAACCCGUAGCCACUUUUGUGGGGCUUCUUCGAGGUCGGCCUGUCAUCUAAAUUUAGCCGUUUGAAUCAGGAACAGUACCAGACAGAUAUAUAUUAUUUAUAGCCAUGAUAGUAGGUACUUGUAACGUCGAUAUAAGAUUGGCUGGCAUCAGGCGCCUACCUACUGGUUACGAUAAACAUUCUUAUGAAAACAGGCGAUGUUAUGAUUAUGAUCAGACAUAGGUAAACUUCUGAUCCACUCAUAUCCAUUCUGGUUAAAACUAUAUAUAUAUUAACUCGGUAAUAUAAGACAGCAUUACGACUCUCAUCUGGGCUUUUUCCCGGUUGGAGCCCAGGGUCCGCAAUCCUACUUUCUCUUCGCCACUUUUCGCGGUCUCGGCAUCUUUAGUAGACAGAUCAUUGGGUGAUCGGCACGCAUAACCUUGCUCCUAAAUUGUUAGAUAAUGCUAAGGGUCUCUAGAUAUCCAGUUUAGACUUCCAUUUUUCGACUUAAUUACCUACUCUAAUUUGAGCUAUACAGAUAAAUACACUUGAACUUGCAAGUUCAAGUGUAUUCAUAUCAUGUCCACAGUCAUGUCCCAUGGAGUCUCAUGGAGUCUCAUGGACCGUUUAGUAGGUGCACCUGUUAAAUUGUCCAUGAGACUGUCCGAUAGAUCAUACAAUAUCAUUAAAUCGUGUCGUGAGGUCGUUACUUUUUUCAGUAUUUGUUAUUCUAUUAGCAUUUAUAGUGUACCUGCGUUAGGUGUUUAAAUGUUCUAUUCUUCUACUGCCUUCUUAAUUUAGUCUUAUAGUUCUAAGUAUACCUCUACUAUCUACUACGUACCUACGGUAGGUCUCGACCUACCACUGGUUUCAAUCUUUUUUAUAUUGCGAUCACAAAUAAUUGUAUUACGACCCAAUGAUGAAUCUGUCUCCUAUUUACCUACUCGAUCUCUUGAAUUUUUAAUGCUUUCUAAAUAUUUUCAUCGACCGCCACUUACUACUGUUGAAAUAAUAAAUUGCAUCGUCAAACUAAAUGCAUACUUUUAUAGAAGCAGUGGAAAAAAUGUAAAUUAGGUAAGUCCUCCAUUAUCUCUGCCAUGCUAAUCUAGUUUCAUUAUUUUCUGUGUUCUUUUAUGUCUGGGUAAAUUAAAUAAAUUAUUGUUGUUG